AUAAAGGCUUUCAGGUACGGAAAUUGCCGGGGUGUAGCUAAUGUUUUUUUCACGCGCACAAUUGUGCCUUUCAAGGUGUCAGUCAGCUGGCUCGCGGUUAAUACGCUUUUAUGGCUGUGGCUGAUCCUUCAGAGAAUACUCUACUGCAGCGUCUGGCAUUAUUGGAGUUACGAGUCUGAAUAUCGAGAUAUUUCGUAUCCUUGGUGGCAUCGUGUUUGGUCCACAUACUAUCCUGCACCUGUGCAGCCGCCAAUGAUGUCGGCUAGUUUUCUUAGCUGGCUCAUCACGAUGUCGAUCGCGACAAUCGUGUUAGGAUGCGCAAUAUUUACAGAUCGCGUGAAAACUUCCAUUAAAGAAAUUUCAACUAAACUUUGGAAAGCGUUUGCGGUGGUAAAGUCUUACACGCAAUGGUUCCGUAAUAGGUUGGUAUUGCGAACGCGAGAAUCCAUAAGUUCCGAGGUAAUCGCAGUAAUGGACGACAGUGAAAUCUGUUCAGUUUGCGACGACGGUCGCUCAGAAACAUCGACCGAGCCGAUCAGCGCGGCGCGAGGGGACAUACAUCCGAUCUCCUAUGGAACGAAUUGGAUGCCACAGCCGAAUUUCAACAUGUUCAAGGAAGCGCAACGAAAGCUAUCGAUGAAAUCCUUUCACACCGUGGCAGGCAUAAAUGACACUCAAGAUGCCGAUAAGCUUGCGGCGAAGCAAUUGCGACAUCGACGUGGCUGUCACACUGUGAUACCAAGUAAUUCCAGCGAGCAAUCGAGUGGAUGUUGAAGGAACUUGUCAGUGCUCGUUGAAUGGUCAUCUAAACACACUUCAGAGUAAUCGAGUAAUCUAAUACGGAAUAAAAUUUUUUCGAAGAUGGCACGGCAAUUUUAUAGAUGAUAUUUAACUUGAAGAAACGCCGUGAUGGCGUUUACGUGUCGAUAAGAUUUAUAGUUUCGUAAUACUUGUGCGCUCAGUUUACACAAAAUUUUCUACAGAAAUAUUUUAUACAAGUAUAUACUUGGGACUUUAUUUUUGAGAUUACGUUGAUCGAUAGGCAAAAGACCGUAGAACGAAUGCAAUAAUUACAUAAACGUAACUAACGUGCGUAACGUUACGUAAUACGAAG